GAGAGGAGAGCAAAAAGGAAAAGAGAGAGCAAAAAACUAAAAGGAGGACAGCUCAGCAAAUCAGCCCAGUAGCAUUCCUCUCACAGCUGCAGUGAUCCAGGCUGGGAGGGGAAGUUUAGCUCACCAGGAGAAGAAAAAAAACACACCAGAAAUUGCAUUUUUAGUUUGUUUUUUUUUCUUGGUAAAGAAAUCAAAAGACUCCCUCGAGAGGAAAGGGAACAAGAAGAAAAGAGGAAUCAGAGAGCUUCUGCAGCCUCCGAGUGUCCUGCAGGGAAGAUGGAUUCAGACUCCGGAGAGCAGAGUGACGGAGACCUGUCUCCAGGACAGGAGAGUGCACAGGAGAGCUUUAACUCUCGAUCCCUGGCCCUGCAGGCCCAGAAGAAGAUCCUGAGCAAGAUGGCGACCAUGGUGGUGGCCAACAUGCUGACAGACGACACCAGCAGCGAGAUCUUGGACGAGCUCUACAAGACGAGCCGGGAGUUCACCAAGAGCAAGAAGGAGGCCCACAAAAUCAUCAAGGACGUCAUCAAGAUAGCCCUGAAGAUCGGCAUCUUGUACCGCAACCACCAGUUCAGCCCCGACGAGCUCGACACAGUGGAGCGUUUCAAGAAGAAGAUGAACCAGGCGGCCAUGACGGCGGUGUCGUUCUACGAAGUGGAGUACACCUUCGACAGGAAUAUUCUGUCAGAGCUCCUGCUGGAGUGCAGGGACCUGCUUCACACCCUGGUCGAGCAGCACCUGACGGCGCGCUCACAUGCACGCAUCGAUCACGUUUUCAACCAUUUUGCCCACGGGGAGUUCCUGGCCGAGCUGUACGGGGACAGAGAGGAGUACAGACUCUCCCUGAGGAAGAUUUGCAACGGCAUCAACAAACUGCUGGACGAAGGAACGCUUUAACCUCACACACCUGACCUCUUUCACUUCUAGCUCUCUCUCUUCUUGCUCCUUCUCUCGCUGGUCUCUCCUGCCUCCCUCUAUUUCUUUUUCACUCGAUCAACCCUGUCCUUUCCCCCCUUUUUGCUCUUGUCUUCCUGUUUAUUCUUCAUCCAUUUCCACGAAGCCCGCUGUAACAUCCUGCUGCUGUGGUUCAAUGAGGGAAAUUUUUCAGACUGUCUUUCCGAUCAGUGGAUCAUUGCUGCACACUGGGACAGCCUGUAUCAUGUUGUAUGCAUUAUAGCAUUCCAAGUCAUCCCCUCUGUGUGCAAAAGUGUACUGUACCAAUGGCCAAAAAACAUACAUUAGGUAGAGUUGGAUAUGGAAGAUAAUCAGUCGUAGUAAUCAGUCUCUCUCUCUCUUUGUGUGUGUGUGUGUGUGUGUGUGUGUGUGGGUGCACAUGUGUUUGUAUGCUUGAAUAAUAUGUUUGUACAUAAGACCAACUAUGACAUGGUGUGUGUAUUAUGUAUCUGUGUCAAUCUUCUCUACAAGGGUGUAACACUUGUCUUUUAUUAAAGAUU